ACCCUCCUACAGAUUCAGAAACUUCCAGCUUAGCAACAUAUACUCCCGCAUCACAUAUGGAUAUGACAAAACUUGAGACGCUUAUUCCUCUAUAUCAAAAUAUCACCAACGCUGAAUCUAAUAAUGAUAAAACGAGCCAUGAAGUAUUGCGAUCUUAUUAUGCUUUUGGAAUAUGGUUAACAAAGCGUUAUGAAUUCUACGCUAUUUUUGCCGAAGCUGGAGAAGAUAAGAUACAACAAGUCAAAUCUGCCACAGCUAAUACUUUAUCAAAAUUACCUUGGCCAAAUAUUGAUUACAUCGUUAUUAAUAUUUCGAAAAAGAAACAAAGCGCUUCUUGA